UCGCUCGAUAUCAAGAACGAUCCUGACUAUUAAGGAGAAGAUUCUUCCAGCAAAUACCUAGAACAAUGUAACGCGGGGAGGUUUUUAUAGGCCACGGAAUCUGCCGAACCGUAGAUAACCGCUGUUGAUUUUCCAUUUUUCAACAUUUCACGACACGCGAAGUUUUAUGUACAGUACGCUUUUACGACUAAGCGAUCAAAGCGAAAAAAAAUCGGUUCAGUCAUGUCCAAAUCCAUUCCACAGGCCCAGCCUGUCACUGUAAGCCUUCAAGAUCUUAACUCAGGAUCUGUACCCUUCGAGGCAUUAACAGAAGCAUUCGGACCUUCAUCCCUAGGAAUAAUUGUAGUCAAAGAUCUACCCCCGAAAUUCAAAGAGUUGCGUGCCCAGGUGCUCUCGAAUUCAUCUUAUCUUGCUUCCUUGCCUCAGAAUGAACUCGAAAAACUCGAAAGCCCCCAAUCCAAAUACCUCGUAGGCUGGUCCUGCGGCAAAGAAACCCUUCGUUCAGGCCACUUCGACACUCUGAAGGGCUCAUACUACAUCAACUGCGCAUUCUACCAAGAUCGUGCGCUACAAAAUGCGCCAGCAGAUGAAUUUCCAGAUUUUCCACAAUAUACAGCACCAAAUAUCUGGCCCAAUCCGGAAAAGUUGCCUACUUUUCGGACCGCGGUGGAAGAUUUAUGCUCCUUGAUCAUUGAUACGGCGGCUUUGGUAGCGAGGGCUUGUGAUCGGUAUGCAAGUGUUAAUAUCGAGGGAUACAAGGAACGGUAUUUGGAGCAUGUUGUUAAGAUGAGCUUGACGACCAAGGCGAGGUUGUUGCAUUAUUUCCCUACUUCUCCAGCACAAGAGCAGGAUGGAGAAGAAGAUGAUGAUUGGUGCGCUACGCAUGUUGAUCAUGGUUGUCUUACGGGUCUUACGUCGGCUAUGUUUAUUGAUGAAGCUGAACAUUUACCUUCUGCUUCUAUAUCUAAAGAUUCUCCGCUGCCGGAACUUUCUUCUUCUCCAGAUCCAAAGGCAGGUUUAUACAUUAGGUCUCGUACCGGAGAGAUUGUCAAAGUGAAUAUCCCCAAGGAUUGUCUCGCGUUCCAGACUGGUGAAGCUUUGGAAUUGAUUACUCAGGGGAAAUUCCGUGCUGUGCCGCAUUUUGUCAAGGGAAGUAGAGCGACCAGCGAUGGAAGAAGGAUUGCGAGGAAUACGUUGGCGGUCUUUACGCAGCCGAAUCUGGGAGAGGAGGUACAGAAGGGGAAGACGUUUGCGGAUUUUGCGAGGGAGGUUGUUGAGAGGACUUAUUAGCCUGAUAUUUCCGCAAUGUAAAUUUGUUAGUUGUUGUAAAUGGGUAUAUAAUCACUAUAAGUCAAGUCUAGGACGUUUGAACUGCUGAUUCUUCACAAGCAAGUUAUCAUUGCCCCUGAUUGGAAUCGGCAGAGGUUUAAACGAUUGAAUCAGAACAGCAGGGUCCCCAGUCCAAUCAUUCUCGUCGUCUUCAUCGUCUCUGUCUUUAACGCCACCAUCUCCAUGGCCGAAUUUCGUAACACCAGGUGGUGUAUUCGUAGCAGGUACCUCCACGGCAACCAAAUCCAUUUCGUCCUUAUCGCUCUCCUCCUCAGAAGAGGUAUUAACCGUCUCAUCAUCACUCGAACUUGCAUUCGCACUAAGGUCCAUAUUCAACCCACUGCUAACCAGCGAACUCAUCUUCUGCACCUCCGCAAACUGAGACUUGGUCGGUCUACCGGGUUGUCUGCCAGCAUUGCGAGGCAGUUUUGCCGC